AUGAGAGAGGAAGCUCAGCUGGUGGCUACACUGCAGGCAACGUCGGUGAAGGAGAGAAGCCGUUUUGGGGGCAUUUUUCGAGACCAUGUGGUGGAUACCCGGCAGUACUUGGACCAUGUGAGAGAGUCCACGGCAGGCACGCAGGGUAGACCCGUAAAGCUAUUCACAAACCAUUUCCGAGUGACAUCUCGCCCCCAGCAGGUCACAUAUAAGUACAACAUUGACUACAUGCCAGACAUUGAGGAUGGAAAAGUUCGUACAGAACUGCUUUUGCAGCAUAAAGCGUUAAUUGGAAAGUGUCAUAUAUUUGAUGGAAGCUCUUUAUUAUUACCUCACAAACUACUAUCACCAAAAAUGGAAUUGGUCAGCCUGUUGAAAAAACAGGUUGUGAAGGUGACCAUUGAAUUCACCAGUGAACUCAUGCCCACCUCGCCGGACUGUUUACGCUAUUACAACAUUCUUUUUAGAAGAAUUUUGAAGAUGAUGGAAUUGGAGCAAGUUGGUCGCAACUAUUAUAACAAGCAUGAGGCCACUGAGUUCAGCGAUCAUAACCUGGUAAUCUGGCCUGGAUAUGUUACUUCUAUUCUUGAGUAUGAAACCAGCAUUACCCUGUGUGCUGAUGUGAACCAUAAACUGGUCCGAAUGCAAACGGCUUAUGAUUUAAUAUCGGCUCUUUGUGAUGGCUUCCCCGCAAAGCAAGAUCUUCAGGAGCAAGUUGCUAAACAAUUAGUCGGAUCAAUUGUUUCUACAGUAUUUAACAACAAAACCUAUAGGGUGGAUGAUAUUAAUUGGGAGGAGACGCCCAGAACUACAUUUAAAACAUCAGAUGGUGCCGAAAUCACCUUUGUAGAGUACUACAAGACGCGAUAUGAUCAAGUGGUCACUGAACUGAAUCAGCCACUCUUGAUCAGCAAAGGCAAGUGGAAAAAGAGCCAACGGGACACACCCCAAGAGCCUGUACUGCUGGUUCCUCAGCUAUGCAACCUGACAGGUCUAACAGAUGAUCUGCGCAAAAAUUACAGGGUGAUGAGAGACUUGGCUCUUCAUAUGAGGUUGGAUCCAGAAAAAAGGCAGCACGAAUUACAAAAAUUGAUGAAUGCUAUACAGACAAAUAAGGAGGUACAACAGGAACUUCAACUCUGGGAUUUGAAAUUUGAUGCCAGCUUCUUGUCCUUCUCAGGAAGAAUCUUGAAAGAAGUAAGAAUUUUUCAAGGAAGACGAGUGUUUGACUCCCACCCACAAUUUGCAGAUUGGUCAAAAGAGACAAGAAGUGGACCCUUACUCAAUGUGAAGUCACUAGAUCAUUGGCUAAUACUCUAUCCUACAGGAAAUGACAGAGCAGCCUCCUUCUUUCUACAGAGUCUACGAAGGGUCACACCCAUGGGCAUCUCUAUGAGAGAGGCAAAAAUACUUGAAGUAAGCGAUACAGUCCAAUCCUAUACAACUGCAUUGGAAAAUCAUGUGUCCUCCAAGACACAGAUGGUCGUUUGCGUGCUGUCCAGUGAAAAGAAAGACCUGUAUGAUAGCAUAAAACAAUACCUGUGUGUCAGUUGCCCGAUCCCAAGCCAGUGUGUCAUCGCACGGACCUUAGACAAACCUCAGACGCUGAUGACCAUUGCGACAAAGCUUGCCCAGCAGAUGAACUGCAAGAUGGGAGGUGCCCUCUGGAAGGUGGACACAGGAUUACAGAAUACGAUGUUCAUCGGUAUCGACUGUUUCCACGAUAUUGUACAUCGGCGGAAGUCGAUCGCAGGCUUUGUGUCCAGCAUCAAUCAAGAAUUGACACAGUGGUUCUCUCAGUGCCUCUUCCAGGAAUCGGGGCAGGAGCUUGUGAAUGGGCUGAAAGCCUGCUUGGAAGCCGCCCUGAAGCUCUGGUGUAAACAUAACCUGUUUCUGCCACAAGCUAUCAUUGUGUACCGGGAUGGAGUGGGGGACGGUCAGCUUCAAGCAUUGCUGGACCAUGAAGUACCACAGAUCGAGUCCUCCUUAAAAGCUGUGUACCCUAAAGACUCUGGGGUCAAAUUAACUUUCAUCGUGGUGAAGAAACGAAUAAACACCAGAUUUUUUGUGGAGUCUGAAGGAAGACUUCGAAACCCACUUCCAGGAACAGUUAUUGAUGUGGAGGUGACCAAAAGGCAAUGGUAUGAUUUCUUUAUCGUGAGUCAGUCCGUGAAAGAUGGUACUGUCACUCCCACUCAUUAUAAUGUCAUCCACGACACGGUUCGCUUCACCCCAGAUAGGAUACAGUGUCUCACCUACAGACUAUGCCACAUGUAUUAUAAUCUGCCAGGUGUCACUCGAGUUCCUGCUCCUUGUCACUAUGCCCACAAACUGGCUUACCUUGUGGGCCAGAGUAUUCACCAAGAACCACACCAUUCCCUGGCAAGCCGUCUCUUCUACCUGUGACUGACAGAAGACAGCCUGACAAUGUGUUGAAAACCAGCAUUUGCAGGAGAACAGACCAUGAGGUUUGUGUCUUGCAACUCACCUUUUGAAGUGUAUUAGUGACUUUAUGACUGGCCACGCCUCAACACUUGGCACUUCUGAGCAAGCGACACCAUGCAUCGUCAAGAUUGGGCAUUAAGUCUCACGAACAAGUGGACUCUGCUUGGAAAAUGAUAUCUUUUUGAAACCUUUUAUUUUUAAAGGGCAGCAAAGCUCUCAAAAUGUCAAAAUUCAAUGGGGAUUUCUUAGGUUAUUUCUUUCCUACAAAACUUUAAAUAACACAAUGUGUGUAGUAUUGAUUACUCUUCAGAGGGAUGGAAAUUGGAACAUAACUUUGGAGCUGUAAUAAGGAGAGCCUUGUGGUUUAAGAGUUGGCAGCUCUUGGAACAUUGAAGUUGUUGUGUCCCUUUUCCACAAAGAAGGGAAACGGCUCCAUGAGCGCUGCCUUUUCAUGAGUUCUCUUGUGCGUGUUCCGAGGGGGAGGACCCUGUUAAGGGCCCAGCAGUCUUGAGUAAUUGGUUAAAAUGAAGCUAUUAUGUUUCUCCUGAAAACAUUGUUUUCUCUCCCCUUGAAACAAUCCUGAAAUAGAUUCAGGAAACAAGAUGUAAAACCUUGUUUUCUUAUACUCCUAAAUAAAAUAGUAUUUUGGCCAGUGGUAGGGAGUAGAUUAGCUUCAGGCAUACCAAAAAGGGUAUGGUUAAAACAAUAUAAUUGCUUUGGUUCUAAGUUAAUCAGUUUAGGUUUACAACUUGAACCAGUCUUACAAGAAAUAAAAUUAAAACAAGUCAUUUAAAAAUACGUUGUACUCCAGGUAACAUCUUACCUAGCGGGACUGCCCAUAAUGAUGAGUAGAAUACAGAGGAUGGGUCCAUCAAAGAUAAAUUAAGGCAACAUGUUCUUUUCUGAUGCUAGAAUUUGACUUAUGAUAAUACAUUUCUAAAGAUCUAUAAAAAAAGAAAACAGGAAGGAACAAAUCCAAAGUAGUUAUUAAAACUUUCUGAACAUCUCCCAUAUGUACAAUCAAAAUCAUUUAUAACACUAUAGAAAAACUUCUAGACUUCUAAAUUUAAA